UCACUGUAAGCUGGACGGACGUCAUGGCUGAAACAGUCGACAUUGGUAUGGCGUUCUUCUUACAGAAAUAGUUCUUCUAGUAUACCAGAUUCAAAUAUCUUACUCAAACAGUCGGCACUGUAGACGUUGAUGUGUAAUUUGUGAUCAGCGACACACCAACACCUGUUCGAUACAGGUUAUUCUGCUUGCCAGGUGAGAGCCAUGGAUAUGUGACAUUUAAGACUUUUGAUUUUAUAGAUUGGCCAUCGUUGGCAAUCUGUGACACUCUCUAAAACCGAAAAUGAUUGUAAACAAGGACGGGAAUCGUGUUCAUCCUCCGCCAAGAUUAGCAGACCAGCUGACCAUGCAGGGAGUCAAACAGAUCGCUGACGUCACAUCCGGUAGAUUGCGGCGUUCCUUCUGGUUCCUGGUUGUGUGUGGCGGGCUCACCUUCAGCGCCUUCAACAUCGCCAAACAGGUCCAGCUUUAUCUGUCCGUGCCUGUCAACGUCGAUAUCGACGUCAAGUUGGCGCAGACACUGCAGUUCCCUACGGUGACUGUGUGCAACACCAACAUGUUUAAGAAAUCAGAAAUUGAUAAACUCAAUCUAACGGGGGCGCUUAAAGAAGCAUUUAUAUAUGAUUUCCAAGAAAGAGUAAAAUUUGAUGACACCAAUUACGACUUUUCUGCUGUGGAUGAUUAUUCUAUUGAAACCGCCAUGUUUAAGUAUGGUCUUGACGUCAAUGAUUCUGUUAUACAGUGUGACUGGAUGCAGCAAGAAUGUGAUGCAACCCACUUGACCGAGACGAAAACGGAGAUCGGAGUGUGUUUCUCUUUCAAUGUCAAUGGCAGUACACCCACCGUCGGUUCCGGUCGACAUUAUGGUUUACACCUACUUCUGGAUGCGCAAUCAGAAGAAUUCACAAGGAGUCGCGAGAAUACUGAGGGUCCUGGGUUUAUGAUUGCCGUGCAUUCCCCUGACGUCCCACUGCUGAUGAAUGACAUAGGGAUGGCGCUCUCUCCAGGCUCACAGUACUUCUAUGGCGUGGAGCUAGCGACGACAACGUCACCAAAAGGAAUGGAUCAGUGUGGGAGCAAGAGACUCAAGUACUACAACAAACCCUACUCCCGCGAGGCUUGCCGCAUUGAAUGCCUCACCGAGUAUGCUCUGGAGCAGUGCUCAUGCCGUGACAUAUAUAUGCCUGGAAAUGGAAAACAAUGUUCAGCGCUGAAAGGCCUUCAGUGUUUGGUCCCAGCAAUGUAUCGGUAUCCAUCAACUCUUAGAGAAUGUGAGUCGUCCUGUCCACAAACCUGCUCCUACACCACGUUCAAUGUCCGCUCAUCAUCCAGUCUAAGGAUGACACAAGAAUACCUCUCCACGCUUGCAAGCGCCACCAACAAGACACCGGAUUACUGGAGAAGUAACUACGUGGCUGUAGACGUCUACUUGUCGUCAAUGACGUAUCAGAGCAUUGAGAAGCGAUAUGGGUAUUCCGUCCUUGAACUGUUCUGUGACAUAGGGGGCGCUUUGAGUCUAGUUUUGGGAGCAAGUGUUGUUACUGGUGUGGAAUUAAUAGACUUCGCAGUACAUAGACUCUGUGCUUAUUGGUGUUAUAAAAGCAAUACCAAACGAAUAAAUGUGAAACCAUCGCAAUGAAGCUGGCAUUUUAGCAAACUAUCUCUCUUUGAAUAAUACAACACAGAUUGUGUGCGUGCGUGCGUGCGUGCGUGCGUGCGUCUGUGUGUGUGCGUGCGUGCGUGCGUGCGUGCGUGCGUGCGUGCGUGCGUGCGUGCGUGCGUGCGUGUGUGUGUUAUCGAGCAUGGACCAGACAAUCAAAGAAAAUGUGUGACACUGAUCAAAUGGUUUUAUCCAGAAACGACCGGUUUAGCUUCAUGCACUCAAUAGUUCUGCACAACAAGGUUUGGGUACUGGAAUAGUGAUUCCGUCCCACGUGCAAUUUACCCGUGCACAACCAGUCUUUAUUGUUUCUAUAGUUAUUCCUUCACACUAUUUCAAUAAAGUUAUUUAU